AUGCUACCGCUCUCUCAAGUAAAAUAGAAGUCUAAUUCAUUUUAGCACAUAUACCAUCGAUAGACAAAUUCCUUAUUGCAAAAGCAUUUUGAAACAAGAAAAAAUUCUCCUGUUACUAUCGUCAGAGCCCCCGCUCUACCUAAGAGGCAACCCUUGAGUGGUUCUACUUUGUGUUUAAGAACUCCCUAUCCUGAUGUUAAAUUAAGAAUAUUUACUUAGCAAACAGAAGAAUCGAAAUUUGAUUUUCUACAUGAAUAAGAUGAUUCAUAAAAUUAAUAAUUGAGUUCUUUUGCCGAUAUAAAGACAGAUAAAUUAAGCUGUACAAAAACAACUGCUGCUGAGAGUGUAGAGGAGGAGAAAUAAUAAGUCAAAAAAAAUUUUGCAAAAUAAUCAUAUCUAUAAAUGUAAAAACAACUACUUGAUCGAGAUUUAGAAAUACUCCAAUUAUAAAGAACCAUCAAAAUUCUCAAAGAUUAAAAUAAAAAAAUCACUAACGAAAAUUCUGUCUUGAAAAAAGAAAACACUCAUAUCAAAAUUAAAAUUGAUACACUUGAAAAAAGAAUUGAAGGAUCUCCAACACAUGCUAGAAUAUCAGAAUAUAUAUCUGCCUUAAGUGAGGUUGAUAAAGUUAAAAUAGAGACACUUUUAAACUGA